UCCACGCACGCCUGCACCCAGCCACUCUGUGGGAAGAGACCCUUCCCCUCGCCAUGGCUUCCCUGGGACAGAUCAUCUUCUGGAGCAUCAUUAGCAUCAUAAUUAUUCUGGCUGGAGCUACUGCACUCAUCAUUGGCUUUGGUAUUUCAGGGCGACACUCCAUCGCAGUCACUACUCUCACCUCAGCUGGGAACAUCGGGGAGGAUGGAAUACUGAGCUGUACUUUUGAACCUGACAUCAAACUUUCUGAUAUUGUGAUACAGUGGCUGAAGGAAGGUGUUAGGGGCUUGGUACAUGAGUUCAAAGAAGGCAAAGAUAACCUGUCAGACCAGGAUGAAAUGUUCAAGGACCGGACAGCAGUGUUUACUGAUCAAGUGAUAGUUGGCAAUGCCUCUCUGAGGCUGAAAAACGUGCAACUCACAGAUGCUGGCACCUACAAAUGUUACAUCGUCACCUCUAAGGGCAAGGGGAAUGCUAACCUGGAGUAUAAAACCGGAGCCUUCAGCAUCCCAGAGGUGAAUGUGGACUACAAUGCCAGUUCAGAGAGCUUGCGGUGUGAGGCUCCCCGAUGGUUCCCCCAGCCCACAGUGGUCUGGGCAUCCCAAGUUGACCAAGGAGCCAACUUCUCAGAAGUCUCCAACACCAGUUUUGAGCUGAAUUCUGAGAAUGUGACCAUGAAGGUGGUAUCUGUGCUCUACAAUGUCAUGAUCAACCACACAUACUCCUGUAUGAUUGAGAACGACAUUGCCAAAGCCACAGGGGAUAUCAAAGUGACAGACUCUGAGAUCAAAAGGCGGAGUCACUUACAGCUGCUGAACUCAAAGGCUUCCCUGGGUGUCUCUUUCUGUGCCACCAGCUGGAUACUCCUUCCUCUCUCCCCUUAUCUGAUGCUAAAAUAAUGUGCCUUGGCCACACAGAAACACACAAAGUCAUUGCUAUGACAGAAUCCCAGGAAUCUGCAGAAUGAUUUCACCAAAAGAUAUGACCUAGUUUUGUAUUUCUGGGGAGAAAAGAAUUCAUGUCUAGAACUCUGGAGUGAACAAACAAAAUCAAGAAGCAAAAAGAAGCCAAAAGACUCUACAGAAGACUCCAAUAUGAACAAGAUAAAUAUAUCUCCAAAGAAAUAUAUUAAAAUUUGGGGAAAUAAUUCAUUAGAACUAGAGAAAUGCAUUAAGAUUGCUAUAUAAAAUUCAUGUUGAAGACAAGUGUAUCCUCAUAUCUCAGGGACCUCCCCUUACCUAUAAACUCCUGGGGAGUGAGAGGAUAGGAUAUCCCAUCUCCCUUUUCUCAGAAUCCUUAGUUAUAUGUGGUGUAGUGUUAUUCUUAGGAAGUUCCUAGAAAGAUUUCCAAUGCAGUAUAAACAUGCAUUAUAUUCUACAAAUUAAACUGCAGAGAAUCCCUUAAGAAGCUGCUAAUUGCCUGCCUCUUCACAAGUCAGAGGUGGCUGCAUUUUUUGGGUCAAAUGAUUCACUUUUUAUGAUGAUAUUUCCAAAAGUGCUUUUGUUUCUCCUUCCAACUAAGAAAUGCCAAAGAAAUGUGAAAAACAAUCAUAAUUUUAAUGUAAAAAAGUAGUUGGGUCAUACUAAUUUUCUAAAUAAUCCAAGUACUUUCUUUUUAAAACAAACGCUAUUUUAUUUCUUAGAUGAUGUUCACUCUUGAAUGAUCCAGGGAAGGACCUCUCAUCUUUACUAUAUGGGACAGUGUAUCAGCACGAGAUUUCAGAGGCUUCUACUUUCUAUCCUGCAUGGACAGCUACGACCUCAGCUUUCAACAGCCUCUAGAGCAGUGGGACUCCACUGGGGGUGAUUCUGCCCCCCAGAGGGCAUUUGGUAAUGUCUGGAGACAGUUUUGGUUGUAACAGGUUGGGGUGGGGUGUGCCACUGGCAUCUAGUGGAUAGAGCCCAGGGACGUUGCUCACCAUUCCACAGUACACAGGACAUCCCUCAACAACAAAGAAGCAUCCAGCCCAAAAUGUCAAUAGUGCUGAGGUUAAGAAACCCUGAUUUAGAGCAGAAAAGGAUCUAGAAAAGAGGGGAACAAACAGAUUUGUUAGCUUCCUAAAAAUGGGCAUUAGCUUCUGUCUGUUUGGCUGCUGCCUCAGCACAGAGAGCCAGAACUCUGAUGUCGAGCAGCCAGGAUAACAUCUUGCAGUGAACAGUGUGGACAAGGCCUGUGGGAAAUCCUUGAUGGGAUUAUCUUCAGCUGGUUGAGCUUCUAUGUUACUUUCACUUCAUUCUACCCUACAAACCACGUUCCGUCACAAGUUCCCUCAGUCUGAAUUUAGAUCUCAGGACCCUGCCCAGCCAAAAUUCAAAUUAAGACAACAAAGAUGUACCUUCCUUGAAACAUAGACUUCUAAAAGCAUGGGCAAGGACCCUUUGAAACAAGGCCCCAAAGAGUGAAGCUUUGAUAGAAAAGAACAUUUUGUUUCCAGCCCCCUUCCCACACUAUUUUUUCACACAUUGACCACUGCCUCCUUGGUACUUUGUACUCACCAUGACUGUAUUACAUUGUGUUAUAGAAAACUUGAUUUUAGCAUUAAAACCAUUCAAGAGAAUGAUUAAAUAUACAUUUCCUACACCGCUGUCUUCCUGGUU